UAAAAAUCCUAUCUUAUUUUUUAAAUAUCUUUGUAUCCCCAUGAACAAUAUUGAUUUUAAUUUGUUUAUAAUAAGAGGGAUAUAUAGUCUGUUAUUUAAACUUAAUUUCAUUACUGUCCUUGAACUUCGUUUAGUGGGCCGUGCAAUGUAUAUUGUAUGGAGAGUGGCCCAUGUCCUUUGACUACUUUUACCGCAACGUUGUUAUUAUACUUUCAUCUGAUAUAUUAACAGUCUCAAGUCGAUAAUCUACUAAAUUGUAAGUAGGAAGUUUCAAGGGAAGUCAAUAAUAGUGGAUGGAAAAAUGAGGAGUGAGAUGGCAUCAACGGCGACCCUGAUUCAGCCUUCCGGGGAACUGUGGAAGAAAAUCCGCGAGGAAUUGAAUGAGGAUGUCAACACCAGGGCGCAGGACUUAGCUGCCAUCAAGGAGUGGCUGAGAAAGCAACCCCAUCUACCAGAUGAGUGGGAAGACGCGUGCCUGAUGACUUUUCUCCGAGGCUGUAGCUUCUCCCUUGAGAAAUGUAAAAAGAAACUUGAUAUGUACUUCACGAUGAGGGCUGCUUGCCCAGAGUUCUUCGCGAACAGAGACGUAACCAGACCAGAGCUAAUGGACCUGCUGAAUAGAGCCCAAGGACCUACACUCCCUGGCUUGACGCCUCAAGGUCGACGAGUAACCAUCGCCAGAGCACUGGACAAGAACCUGGACACGAACCAGCUUAAUGAUGUCUUCAAACUUGCAAUGAUGAUCGGAGAUGUAAGACUGCGUGAAGAAGUCGAGGGAAUAGCUGGAGACGUUUACGUACUGGACGCUUCUAUUCUAAUGCCAAGUCACCUCGCCAAGAUUUCACCAGCAGUGCUGAAGAAAUUCUUCAUUUGUAUACAGGAAGCUUAUCCAGUGAAACUGAAGGAAAUACACGUUAUCAACGCAUCUCCCCUCGUGGAUGUCGUAUUCAACAUUGUAAAACCAUUCCUUAAAGAAAAAAUGAAGAAAAGAGUGUUCUUCCACGUCGAUGUGCAAUGUCUUCAGGAUUAUAUCCCUAAAGAAAUUCUACCCGUUGAAUUCGGAGGCAACGGAUGUUCUCUUGAAGACGUGAACAAAGCUUGGAUGAAGAAGCUAGAGGAGUACAGUCCUUGGUUUAAGCAACAAGAAGCUUUAAAAGCUAACGAAGCUAUGAGACCAGGAAAGCCAACUAAUUACGACGAACUCUUUGGUAUUGAUGGCUCAUUUAGACAGCUGUCAAUAGAUUAAACUUAGGUUAUAUAAUUAAACAUCGCUUUAGUAGCACACAUACGGUAGGAAUGGUUUUUACAAUUUAGAUUUUAUAUUCGAGUCGGUGACUCAAAUUUUUUUUUUUAAUUAAAUCUACCUAAACUUAUUUUAUUGUAAUUUAGUUUUCGUGAAACUUUUAUGGUUUAUUUUGCGUUAAUUGUCAAAUUCCUGGGUACAUAUAGUGAAGAUGCAACUAUAAGAAAAACAUUGUCAGUUAUUUCUGUGUUUAAAGAAAUGUAUACUAGGUAGGUACUACUAUCUAUAUCUUUUUAUUAUUAUAUACGGUUGACAGAUUAACUAGCUGUGCCAACGUUAAUUGUGUUAGUAAAUAUAUAUUUAGCUAUUAGUGCAUGUCUAUUACUACAAUUCUUUUGGAUGAUCAGGGAAUUAUUAAAUACAUUUUAGUUCAGAUACAUUAAAUUUCUGUUCAAUUUUGUAAUGACUAAAACUGUGAUAAGUUUUUUUUUUAUCAAGGAAUAAAAUGAAUAUUUUUAA